AUGCAACAUCCACGACAAUUAGGAUAUUUGUUAAUGGAAAAUUCGGUAACAUCUGAAAUAGAUAAUGGAUAUGAUAAAAUUGAUACUACAAAUAGAUCAACAAAUUUCGUUGAAAUCGAUCCGCAAUGUUUACGAUUUCAUGAACAUUUAGGUAAUAGUCGAUUUGGUGAGAUUUGGCUUUGCAAAUUGGAACAACGAACAAUGGUGAAUAAAACAUUUCAUCGAAAUUAUGAUGAACGGAGAAAAUUUGAAUUAAUUGUGGGUGAAUUAAGUAGUCUAAGACAUCAAAAUAUAUUGGAAGUGAUCGGUGUUUGUUGUGAUGGUAUAUUAACAAGCUGUAUUCAUGAAUAUAUCGAGCAAUAUCUUGGCCAAUAUCUUCAGAGCCUAAAUAGUGAGCUAUCCUAUAGGACAGAAUUGCUAUUGUCGGUAAGCACACAAAUUGCAGCGGGAAUGUCAUAUUUGGAAUCUAAAAAUUUCAUCCAUGGAAAUCUUUCGGCAAAUAACUGUAUGGUUGCUAAUGAUGGUACCGUUAAACUUACCAAUUUCAAUAUGGCUUAUGCAUUGGAUCAUUUCGAAACGGAUGAACCGAUAGAUCGUGGACGAAUCCGAUGGAUGUGUUGGGAAGCAGCUAUAGAAAAAAAAAUUACAAUCAAAGGUGAUGUAUGGUCUUUUGGUGUAACACUUUGGGAAGUACUCAACGGUUGCCAUAAAUAUCCCUAUAAAAUGAAAACUGAUAAUGACAUAUAUCGAAAUUUAUUAUUUAUGGAAAAACAUGGAACAUUAAAGUUUUAUUUGGAAAGGCCGGAUUUUUCAUCCGUCAAUUUUUAUCAAGAAUUUAUACUGCCAUGUUGGAGCAGUGACCCGGAACAACGUCCAACAUUUCAUUCGUUACAUUGUCGGUUGCAAAAUGUCACUUGCGCACAAAUGAGCGAAGUAUUUGGUGAAGUAGUCUUUGUUAUGAAUAUGUCUGACCAGUGGAUAACCGAAGCAAAUGAUGUCAUUGGUGGUUAUGAUGAACCAUUAGGUCAAUCGGAGGCACCGGAAGUGAAACUUUUUGGCAAAUGGUCAUUGGACGAAGUUCAUAUUUCUGAUAUUUCUUUAGUGGAUUAUAUAGCUGUAAAAGGGAAGUCAGCAAAAUACUUGCCACAUAGUGCUGGUCGGUACCAAGUUAAGCGUUUUCGUAAAGCAACAUGUCCGUUGGUAGAAAGACUUGCAUCAACAAUGAUGAUGCAUGGUCGGAAUAACGGCAAGAAACUAAUGACUGUGCGUAUCGUAAAACAUGCAUUCGAAAUAAUCCAUCUGUUAUCCGGAGAGAAUCCUGUGCAAGUGCUCGUUCAUGCUGUAAUAAAUAGUGGACCAAGGGAAGAUUCAACACGUAUUGGUCGUGCAGGUACGGUGAGACGACAAGCUGUCGAUGUAUCACCUCUUCGUCGUGUAAAUCAGGCUAUUUGGCUUCUCUGCACUGGUGCGCGUGAAGCAGCAUUCCGUAAUAUCAAAUCAAUUGCGGAGUGUUUGGCAGACGAAUUGAUUAAUGCAGCAAAGGGAUCGUCAAAUUCUUAUGCAAUCAAAAAGAAAGAUGAAUUGGAACGUGUCGCGAAAUCCAAUCGUUGA